AGUUUUCUCGUUUUCGAACUUUCCUCUUUCUCUCUGUCCGAUCAAACGACUGAUGUCGCGAUCAAUUGCGUGGUCGGGGACCAUGAGAAAUCACUCGCCGAUGGUUUCUGCAUUUUCUGCAUUUUUGCUUGCGGUGAUGCGACUUCAAAUGCGAGUGGCGUGCUCGUCAUCUUCAAGCCCGCUCGCACCGGCAUUGUACGCUUUUGGGGAUUCGCUGGUCGACAGCGGCAACAACAACCUGCUCCCCACCCUCGCCAAGGCUGAUUAUCUUCCUUACGGCAACAAUUUCAUGGGGGGUGUCACCGGACGAUUCACCAACGGGAGGACCAUCCCCGACUUCCUCGCUGAAUUUCUGGGGCUUCCUUAUCCACCACCAUAUCUGAGUUUUAGGACAUCAGCAGCGAUCACUGGACUGAAUUUUGCGUCCGGGGCAUGUGGCAUUCUCCCUGAGACAGGAAAUUACUUGGGCAAAUGUCUUAACUUGGGUGACCAAGUGAGGUUGUUUGAAAGUGCCGCCGUCGAUGAUUUACCGAGACUCUUCAAGAGCUCCGAUGAGUUCUCCGGCUAUUUGGACAAGUCGAUCUUCGCCUUCUUGAUUGGCAGCAACGACUACAUCAGCAACUACCUCAAUCCAACGCUCUACAGCACAAGCAAAACCUACGAGCCUCGGCCAUUCGCGAAGCUCCUCGUUGCUGCGCUUUCUCAGCAUCUAGAGAGGUUAUAUAACAUGGGAGCAAAGAAGUUUGUUGUCUUCCAGAUUGGCCCGAUUGGGUGCAUCCCAACCAUCGCGAAGAAAUCGAACCACGAUGGAGUAUGCGAUGGAGGACUGAACUUGCUAGUUUCCUACUUCAAUCAAAUGCUUCAACCGAUGCUACAGAACAUGACAUCCAGUCUCUCAGGAUCAAUGUUCGUUCUCGGCCAAGCGAAUUCGCUUGGCUACGAUGCAAUCAUCAAUCCAUCCAAAUACGGAUUGACGGACUCAAGAAACCCUUGCUGCACAACAUGGAGAAACGGAACCUUGUCGUGCGUUCCUUUUCGGACCCCGUGCCCUAUUGCCGAUAAACACUUCUUUUGGGACGGAUACCAUCCGACCGACGAGGCUUCCUCCAUCAUAGCUUCUCGGUGUUUCAAUGACACAAAAGUUUGUUCUCCAGUCAGCAUACAAGAUCUCGUGCGGAUAUGAACAUCUCAUCUGAUUAAUCCUAUCUAAGGCUGCUUAUCAUCUUGGGUUAUCAUCAU